AUGAGCCCACAAAAUGGUGGUACGAAACUGAAUAUGUGCCAGAAACGCAAACAGACGAUGGUUCCUAAAUUGAUGACGUCUCCUGCAUCAGUUGAAUCGCCGUCGCCAUUGAAAAAAGAUGCGAAAACCAUACCCGUACGCACUUCGCCAGAGCCACAGGAAGAGCCAAGGCCGAAUCCCCAGCUGCAGUCAUCAUUAGGUGAUUUGUCGCUUGCAGUUUUCCUGGAAUCGCUGUAUACCCUUGAAAUUGCAGCCUCCGAUGGGCUCACAUCAAACAUGCUCCUUAGCUCCGGCGCACAAUUGGAGAUUCCUCCCCCGAUUAGUGCGCCACAGACAGACAUGUUUGAUAAUGGCGCCACGCUUAUAAAUUCAUUUGAAAGCACGCCAAACACUAUGCUUUACAAGACGGACACUCCAGAACGCAAGUCCGGGUACCCAGAGAGUGCUUUUUUACGUGAUGGGCUCGCGUUUUCUGUCCCGUCUGAUUUUAGCUGGUGGAAUACUGACGGGCUUGCCAUGUCACGCAACACUACCACUAACGCCUCUGACAUACAGACGGGCGGUAAUUUUGUUGUGCCGUCAGAGAUGGAAACAAAUGGCGCACCUGCUGCUGCUACCUCUAUGCACGGAGUCCCUUUCAAGGCAUUGUCGUGA